AUGACAGCUCGGAAUGUAACUACAUAUGUAGGAGCUACAAGACACAUUUAAGGCGAGCAAAAGAGAGCUGGAAGCAAAAAGGAAAAAGGAUUAAGAAAGCUUGUUAAAAGACGCGAUAUCUUUUCACCAUAAUGGAGAUCCCUGACUUUUCCUCAAUGAAACUGGAUAGUCGGCCUGAGCUGAUUGAUUUUGAGGGUGUUUCUAUGACCCGCUAUUUCACUGACAACUGGGAAAAAGUGAAAAAUUUUCAGGCAAGACCUGAUGACAUUCUAAUUGCCACUUACCCCAAAGCAGGUACCACCUGGGUUUCAUACAUACUUGACCUUCUAUACUUUGGCAAUGAAAGUCCAGAGCGCCAGACCUCCCAGCCUAUCUAUAUGAGGGUGCCAUUCUUGGAGAUGUGUUUUCAAGGAUUGCCAUUAGGCACAGAGCUGGCUGAUAAUCUGCCCACCUCUCCUCGCCUCAUCAAAACCCAUUUACCUGUGCAACUUGUGCCUAAGUCCUUCUGGGAACAGAACUCAAAGGUUGUGUAUGUAGCUCGGAAUGCAAAAGACAAUGCAGUUUCAUAUUUUCAUUUUGAUCGAAUGAACAUGGGACAGCCUGAACCAGGAGACUGGAACACUUUCUUAAAAAAAUUCAUGGAAGGCAGGAAUGUAUUUGGUCCUUGGUACGAUCAUGUUAGUGGAUAUUGGAAGAAAAAACAGACGUAUUCUAACAUAUUGUACAUGUUCUAUGAGGAUAUGGUUGAAGACACUGGACGUGAAGUAGCUCGUUUGUGCUCCUUCUUGGGAUUGUCCACUUCAGCCGAAGAGAGGGACAGAAUAACAAAAGGGGUUCAGUUUGAUGUAAUGAAACAGAACAAGAUGACCAACUAUUCCACUCUCCCAGUCAUGGACUUCAAGAUCUCACCCUUCAUGCGAAAAGGUAAAGUUGGAGACUGGAGAAAUCACUUCACUGUGGCACAAAAUGAACAGUUUGAUGAGGUCUACAAACAGAAGAUGAAGAAUACCACUGUCAAGUUCCGUACUGAGGUUUAAAACUACAGUUCUCGAUCUUGAACCAGAAUUUUAUAUAUAUAUAUA